AUGUCUUCAUCAGCAGCAACCAAACCCCCAAUUACCCCCCUCCCCGAAGUCACCCGCCUCAGCCCAGCCGUAAUCCGGAUCCUUGGCGGUAACCCCGGCAAGGGAAGGGGAAGGGGGUAUCCGGGCCACGGGCUGGUGGUGGAGGACGGGCCGGCCAAGAUUGGGGAGUAUAUCCGCCAUCGACAGCAGAGGGAGGACCAGGUUAUCGAGACGCUGCGUGCGUUUACUGCCAAGGAGGACCAUGGCGAGGGGUGGACGCCCAUGGAACUGGUCAAGGUCAUCUACCAGGGCGUGCCGGAGGGCUUGCAUAUACCGGCCGCGGGAGGGGUGAUCCAGAUCCUGAAUAAACUGAGGAAGGAAGGGAAGGUGACGGCGGUUGAUGGUGGUGAUCGAUGGCGGCUGAUUGAUCGAUCGGCUCUAUGA